AAAUUGUACAGUAUAAAGUAAUCGAGCAGUAUUUAGUUAGUAAAAGCAAAACAAAUCACGAAAUGCCCAAACCAAAGGCAAAAGCGAAGCCAAAAUCCAAAGCGGCGGCAGCAGCCGCAUCAAAAAGGGAGGCGACCAAGAACAACAAUGCCGUUUCGGCCGAAAAGGAAAACGAAAUGGAGAUCAGUGAUCCGACCUCCGUUUCCAUCCGGGAACAAUGCAGAGGAGGCGCGGAAUCCAUGUACACAAUAAUGCGUCACGCGGAACUCAAGGAGUCACUCCACAAGCGCUACGAAAAGGAGCUGCAGCAACUGUACUCGAGGAUGGGCCACCAAGAGUUUCUGAACACAUUCAUCAAUGUGCUGAAGACUGUACUCGAGGCGGAGGAGAGCAACGAGAACGGUAACAAGGCCCUGUCCUUUUGCGCGAAAUUCGUGACCAGCUUCGAGUCGGAGAAGACGCACCCCAUGAUGACUGAAACAUUCCACUGGCUGUUGACUACAUAUUCCAGCAGUCCGCACGUUCGCUAUCGGAUUUGCUACUUUGUGAAUCUGAUACUUGAGAAACUGGGACCCAAUGCGGCACUCGACGACACGCAGUGCGACGAGAUUCUCGAGACUAUGCUGGAGCGCGUGAAGGACGUGUCGGCCGGUGUGCGCAAGCAAGCAGUCCUGGCCAUGCAGCGUCUCCAGAUUCCGGACAAUCCCGUCGAUCCAGUUGUCUGCGCCUAUCAGUUCCAUCUGUCUGCGGAUCCCUUGUCCAGCGUGCGCCAGUGCAUUAUCACCUGCAUGGGCCGCAACUACAUCACGGUGCCCUACAUACUGCAGCGUCUGUGGGACGUGGACGAGAAGGUGCGCCGCCAUACGUACGUCAACAUGUGCAACUAUCCAGUGCGCGCCUACAGGGUGGCGCAGCGCCUGACCCUCCUGGAGCAAGGUCUGAACGACAGCUCGGCCAACGUUAAAAAGACGGUGGUAAACAUCAUGCUUAAGGCCUGGAUCGACUCCUACCAACAGAACUAUGUGGCUCUGAUAGCGGCCCUCAAGCUGGACUCCAGCGAGGAAGAGCUGAUGCGUUUCCGGAGCGUGACCAAGCAAAUGUUGCGUGAAAUCUUUGAGCAGACCGACAAUCAGCAACUGAUGGCACAACUGCCCCUCGGUGACGACUGUGAGCUGCAUCGAUGUGUACCGCUGGAAUGUCUCAACGUGAAGCUGUUGCUCUAUUGGCAGUGCCUCGGCGACUAUCUGGAGAGCACGCAGGCGGACGAAAGCGACCAGGUGCUGCCCGAACUGAGUGUCUUCUGCACCUAUGUGAACAAGUUCUGUGAGAGCCAGAAACCGGACAUGGACAAGUUCGCCCAGAUAGAGUUCCAGAACAUGCUGCUCUCGCUGGUGGAAAUCCUGGACUCGUACGACCUGGGCGACGAGAUUGGGCGUAGCAAUAUGAAGACGUUGAUCAAAAAUCUAUUGAAGGACUGUCUGCUCGACCACAAGAUCGUCCGCGUGCUCGUGCGUUGCAUGGAGAAGCUGAUCACCGACCUCAAUGACCGGAUGCAGUUCUUCAUUGAGAUCAUCUACGAGACGUGUGACCUUAAUACCAAGCAGAAUGAGCUAGUGCACGAUCGCAAUCUGAUCAGUAAGGUGCUGGACGACUUGGACACGCCCUCGAAGAUGAAGAUAUCCUCGUUGAAGGUGAAGAUCUUAGAGCUGGAGGAACAGGAGGAUAACUUUGGGCGCCAGAAGGAGUAUAUACAGGCUCAGUCCGUGAAUAAGGAGAAGAUGGCUGUCACAGAGGAGUACACGGAGCUGAUCAAACCGCUGCUGGUGAAGCACGGCUUUCUGGACAUGCCCGCCCGUCCGAAGCUCUCCAACCAGGAGCGUGUCCUGAAAGGCCUGUUCACCUCAUACUAUAUGGUGGCCUCUCCGCAUGUCCAGAAGCUCACUCCCAGCAUAUGUAAGCUGUACAAGGACUUCAUUUGCCGCCAUCUCCACUCCUCGGAUGUGGACAUUUUUCACAAGCUGGUUUGUAAAUGUUUGGAAUGCCACACCCAUAGCAAAAGAUCUUGCGUUUGGAUUCGCAAUCCUGGUACCGAUGUCCUUCCUUAUGGCAGUUCCAACAUACCAAGGCCAACGCUCCUAUUUCGCCUUCGCCCUCCCCUUCGGAAAACUCCGUUGCGUUAUCAGACAUGUGCUCCUCCACCAACUCAGCCACUUGCCUACGGAAAGGGACACUCUUUUGAUAACCAUAAUUCCGUCUCACGUCAUCCAGGAAACUCUCUCUUCGUCUGCAUAUUUCCCUGAGCUCCCCAACCGAAGUUAUGUUUAUAUUGAGCAACUCGUGCCUUACUUCGGGCCUCAAAUUCCUUCGCAGUAUGUCUACCACAGACUUUUCUGACAAGGGAGACUCUAAACUAUCCAUUAGCUGAACUAUGGCGUCAUAAAAAGCAUCGAACCCUUCCUUUUCUUUUUGCUUCCGGUCCCUGAUCGCUUCUCGAAUGUCCACAUCCGUGCGAGUGUCUCGGAACUGUUUCCUUAAUGCCUGACAAAGCAAGUCCCAUCGUACAACUACCACUGACUUAUGAAACCUCCAAAAGAAUUCACGAGCCUUUCCGUCAAAGAGGAUGCUAGCGUUGCUACAUAGCACCGCGAAGUUGCUUUCCAGCGUUGAAUGGGUAAGAGCUUCUACUCUUUAGAUAAAAUUAUCAACGCUAAUUCCUUCCGCAUUCCCGCUAAAUCGUAGCUUCCAACCAUUCAUAAUGUGUACGACCUUGUCCGGCCUUUGGGACAGGUCGGAAGCUAUACUUCUAGGAGUGUCUCUGCCCUCUCUGUAAAAUCCUGUCGAUUCUCGGCCUCCGCCUGCUUCCUGACCCUGCGAACUAUGGUCCUGAGCUAAGUUUCGAGUAUGAUGAUCUCGGCCAGUCAGUUGAAGAUGAGCAGCGACAUUGGUUUGUAUUAUUUGCGCCAUCUGCUCCGACAACUGGGAUAAAAGGUCGUUUUGCAUGGCCCGCACUGCUUGGGUAAUCAUGAUCCCUAUAUUCCCGCUAUCCACUGGAGCCGACCCUGGGUUAUUAACGGGUGCUCCCGCCGCUGGGGUGCCUGAAGCUUUUUCUUUGCCUCCUGCCUGCUGUUUGGCGGUUUGCAUGCCCGAGCCCGAUGCGCCGCCUUGCAAGUCAAAAGUGACUCUUCCACACCUAGGACAUUUGGCAUUUUCCCUCGAAUAUGGCACUAUGCAAGCUUUAUGAAAUUCGUGGCCACACCUGGUCUUGUAUAACUGCUGAGAUCCAAACUCUUCUCCACACAGAAUGCAGACGGACGGAUCUACAGGUUCUCCCUCCAUUAUUAAUACGUUCCCUUUAUCUCCAACUGCUAACUUCCGCUUACUCUGUCACUCACUAUCAACGAGAUUUAACGAUUCGAGAUUCAAAACAGCUGACCCGCUCAAUUCCCUUCGGUACUUCAACUAGCCUUUCCUUCUUCAGCGCUCACAACUCUCUGCCGGUCAAUGACCUAUCUCAACUGAACCAGCUGUUCCGCGUUUUAUCACCCUUGUUCUCUCCUAACACCUUCGUUUGUGACACUUUUUUUUUUUUUUUUGUUUGCCGCUUGAGGAAUUGAGACGCGUUUAUUGUUGAAAACAAAACAUAAAACAAAUUAUAAAUAAAAAAUAAUAUUUUGUAAAAACCGCAAUAUAUAAAGAAAUACAAAAACAUUUAUUUGCCUUCAAGCAUAGCUUAGUUCCCCUGAAAAAAAAAUCUUAUUGGAACUGGUGUGAGAAGAAAGAACCAACAUAAUUUACCGCUACUUGUGCCGUGCUAAUCAGCCCUCGCAACAACCAAACGUCUUGUUGCUUUGGCGCGCCGAUCCGCAAGACAAAAACAACGACUGCAAGCUAAAGUGCGAGUAAAUCGAAGCUAAUCAGUUUCGUCUUCUUUACUCUCCUUCGCACUCUUGCUUCUGCGGACAGGUAUGCUGGUUUUCCAUCACCCGUGGCCAGGCAAACUCUUUAUAAAGAGAUUGUUCUGUCUUUCCAAGCGUUUGAUGGCUAGCUCUGCCGCAUACUAUUGCUGAAAGUGGAUGGGUCUUUGCCAAAACUUGUUAUCCGUGGUCAGGGUAGACUUAUCUAAAGACUUCUUCCCUGCUUUUCCAAACGUCUAACUAGUUGGGCUACGGACUCCAUUACUGUAGGGUAUUUAAUCGCCUACUAAGCUCUACGACGUCAGCCGUGGCUUGUCGAUCGCUGCUAGCAACUUCUCAACAA